AACUCUGCGCAGUUUUAGCAAGCUCGAAUACGACAGUUUAAAGUUUCCUCAACGCGGAAGUUGAUACUACUUCAGGCUCCUGAAAUUACUAUAUCUCGAAUCUUUUCGAUUCUUUCUGAUUUCAUGUAGGUUAAGGGACGUUAUGCUUUUACAGUGAAAAUGCGUGACAGGUUUCGCAAUGUAUUGUGGAAGAUUUCUAGUUUUGUGUCAGCUUUCGAGUUUACGAGUGGGGUCGUGUUUGUAGUCACAUUGUCCUGUGUCCUGAGCAUCGUUACUAAUUACUGUAACAUUUCGGAACAUGCGUUAAGUCUGGAAUCCAGCGUUCUUCUCAACGGCCAUGUUCACAGACUUCUUACCUACUGCUUUUACCAUAAGGAUGUGGGCCACCUCUUUUCUAGUGUGGCUGUACUGAUGUUGUUUUGCAGUGGGCUAGAGAAAGGAGUUGGCACAGUGCGAUUCCUAUACCUUUUACUUUUUCUGGUUACUUCUACUGGCCUUAUACAUGUACUACUGGAGCUGUUGUUGUUUUCCCCAUCUUCAAGGACCUCCGUUUCAGGCCUAAUCCCAGUAUCUCUUGCUAUGCUGGGCAUGGUGACCAUCAGUUCCCGCAUGAGGAAGGCAUUCCUGCUAGGCUUUACUCUGCCCACUGCAGCUCUUCCCUGGUUCCUGAUGCUUAUUGUUUAUCUUUUUAUCCCAAAUACUGUAUUCUUAUGCAAUUUCCUGGCCGUAAUCACUGGGCAGAUGUAUGGCAUGCAAUGGUUUUCAGUGUUUCAGAUGUCUGAGUCCAAAGCUUGUGUAGUGGAGAAGAUAGCACCAUUCAGACUGCUAAAGAAAAUAACAUGUGUGCGCUUUAUCCCUGCAUCUGCAGGGGAGCGAAAAAAGAUCCUGCACACUAUAUGCAGCCCAUCGCCUGGAUCAUACCCUGUCCAGGCUUAUGCUUCGGCAUCUAUGCUUGCUUCUCAAGCAUCAGGAAAUGCUCCAAGCAAUGUAGAUGGUUGGUCAAAUUCAACCAUUAUCCAACAGAACUACACAAUACCUUCACAAAACCAUGGAUAUAGUGCUGGGCCCAGCCAUGGACAUAACUGUGGACAUAGCCAUGGACACAGUCAUCAUUAUCAGGCCAGAAAUUUUUGGAUGCCAAAGGCUCUUCAUGGCCAUUCUCAUUGCAGCCCUCCUAAGGAUAUUGGUGUACAGUCUUUUGGUAACCCAUUAAACACAACAGCUCAAGCAGACUCUGUUCAUUUAGCAAUAUCCACCUAAGCAGUCCACCCAAAAAAUUCAUAUAGUGACACCAUGACAAACAGAUGGAGAGCAUUUUCCAGGCUCUCUGUCGUUAAACAUAACAUAUAUAAACAUAAAUAUAAGUUUUUAUUUUGUGACUCUAUACCUACAAAAUGAUAUAGGGUGCCCUAGGGUUUCCUUUUUUUUUCCCCCUCAUUUUUUAUUGCUUUACUCAUUUUCUCAUUUUCACACUCAAUGUUUUCCUCAUCACCAUGUAAAAAAUACUGCAUAACAAAAAUAAUUGAAAAACAGAUUUCUACAUCAAAAUAAAAAGAAAUCUCACAUUUACAAUAAAUAUAGUAUACAUUCUUAUAUUUAUAUACACUCCCCCCUUUGAAAGUAUUGGAACAGUAAUGUCUAUUAUUAUUUUUUCUAUGCUGAAGAAAUUUGAGGUAAAAAGUAUAUGAAACGAUAGUACAGAAUUUCAGUUUUUAUUUCCAGAUUUUUUACAAAGUUGACCCAUUAUGCAUGCCUGUGAUAGAGUACUACCCUCACGUUAUAAGUUCAUAAAUGUUCUUAAAGCAAUUUUGAAAUCAUUAUUCUUCUAAUGAUUACACGCUGUCAAGGCCCUGAGACAGAAAGCAGCUACAAACCAUGAUACUCCCUCCACCAUGUCUGCUGAAAUCAAAGCAUGGUCACAAAGCAAAGUUCAUAUCAACAGACCUUUCUUUAAAAAAAGCAGACCAUCAAUAACCAAAUUUUGUCUGUUUUCUAGGACAGUGCCUGACUCCAUUAAGCCUCUGAACAAUUUGUUAGCAGAGCGGUAUAAAUACAAAACAUUUUAAAACCUCCACUAUGAAUGUUUAAACAGUUGUUACAAGUGUUUGUGUAUUAUCAGUUUAAAUUGAAUGUUUGUCUAUUAUUAUGAUUUGAUGUUCACAAGGUGGAGAUUAGACAAAUGUUUUCUUUAAAACUUUAAACAUUAAAACUUUUUUCAUGCAACUCUACUUGUGAUGUGGGUAAGGAGAUGACACAAUAUCCCAAGAAUCAAACCAACUUUCACAAAACAGGUGGGGAAAAAUGACAUCUUUGUUGCUGCACAUCAGUCUGGAAAUGGUUAUAAGGCCAUAUCCAAACAAUAUUAAGCGAACCAUUCUACAGUGAAAAUGUAUGUUUACAAAUGGAGUGCCUUAAAGACAGCUGCCAAUCUUCCCAAAUUAAGUGCAAGGUUAAGCUAUUUAAAGCUCAGAUAUAGAAAAAAUUGAAAACAUGUUGUGACCUACAAGUCUCUGUAAGCACAGAACAACCUUAAAUGGUUAUGCACAUGACAGCACAAUCAGAAAAUAACUGAAUAAGCAUGGCAUUUGUGGAAGGAUGGCUAAGAGAAAGCUCCUUUUCUCUUAAAAGUCUUUGGCAGCCUAAAUUUUCCAAAUUUCAUCUGAACAAACCACAGAAGUUCCAAUAUUGGAAUAUGGACCAAUAUUCUUUGGACUGACAAGACCACGGUGCACAGAGCCAUUUUUGGUGAAUACCAAACAUAACACCACCUCCACCUCAUAUCAACCGUCUAACGUGAUGGUUUGGGCUUGUUUUGCAGGCACUGAGACAACCAUGAGCUCCACUUUAUUCUUGAGACACAAAUGAGGUCAUUGAUGGCAUUUGGUAGAUGCCAGAGCAACUUACAAUUAUCUCAUGUAUAUAACUGAGCAGCUAUGCUAAAGAGCCCAACAGUGGCAGCCUGGUGGUCCUUGUAUUCUAACUCACAACUUUCUUUCCAGUAGUCCAACUCCUUAACCACUGUAGCUACCACUUCCAUUCCAUUCCAGUAUCUCAAGCUGGACUCGAAAUUGGGUCAUGCAACAGGACAAUGUUACCAUACAUACCAGCAAACUGACAUCUCAAUAGCUAAAGAAGGAAAAAGGUAUUGGAAUGACUCAAAGCCUGCACCUCCACUGAGAUACUAUGGUGAGAUCUUUAAAGAGCUGUGCAUAGACAAAUACCUUCACGCACACGUUAUUGUUACUAAAGGUGUUAACAGCAGAACUUACUAGAGGUUAUUAUAAUAGCUAAAGGAGGACUAAAUACAGUCUCCUCUGAAACUAUUUGAACAGUUAGGCCAAUUAAUUUGUUUGUAUAUAAAAAUAAAAACAUAAAACCUUUUAAGUGAGACCAACCAAUUUUUAGGCAAGAAAAGUAUAGGAAAAGAUAAGCCCUGAAGUAAAUUAAAGAACUUAAUAUUUGGUUGCAUAUCCCUUGCUUGCAAUAAGUGCUUCGAGCCUGUGAUUAACUGACAUGACCAAAUUGUUGGUUUUAUGUGUAAUGCAUUUCCAGGUUUUUAUUGCAGCUUCUUUCAGUUUCAGUCUGGGUUUUUUUCCUUUCAGUCUCCUCUUGAGGAGGUCAAAUGCAUGCACAAAUGUCUGGUCUCCAGAACUUUUGUGGUUCAUUUCUAUAUUUGUUUUGUUAAUUUCAACCUGGCCUUCCAAUUGUAGUAAGUAGAUUUUGUGGUAUGGCCUUCAUAUUUCUGCUCUCAAAGUAUUCUUUGAACUGUGGAUUGUGAUACCUUGACCCCUCCCCUGUGCAGGUUGUUAAUGAUGUCACUGACUAUUGUUUUAUUUGGCCAACCUGUUUAGUGUCUGUUGCUCAGUACUCAUGUGAUCUCUCUCUUUUUCAGGACAUUCCGAAUUGUUGUAUUGGCUAUGCGCAAUGUUUGUGCAAUGCCUCUGACUGACAUUCCCUUAUUUCUCAGCUUCUACUUUUCUCCCUCUGAUCAUUAUUUUGGCUUAUCCUUUAUAACAUAAAAAUGCAGUCUUCCUAGGUUAAACUGAAGUCUAAAACCAAGAAUAGAUGUUCAGAGCUAUUUAUUGUUUAAACAAUCAGACUAACGGGACACACUUGUCAGUUAUGUGUUUCAAUAUUUUUGAUCACCUAAGUACCUAAGUUCUGAUACAAAAUGUGAUAUGUGCUGUGCCAUUUAACACAUCUCCAAAUAAUUACCGGGAAAUAAAACUUGAUGUUCUAAACUCUCUAGCUGUAUUCCUAUUUUGAUCUCAAACCCAGAUGUUAUUAGAGUACAGCAUAAACAAUUGAAUUGGCCUUGCUGUUCCAAUAGUUUUGGAGGGGGCUAUAUACAUUUCCAUCACAUACUGUAUAUGCUGGCAUAUAAAAUUCAUGUAUAGCUGUUAGUACCCCAUGGGUAAAAACAUCCUAUUAGUGGAGGGUCUGCUUGGCACUUGCAUACCCUGAAAUUCUUCUGGCAAGAGAAGGAUUCUGGGUAUUGUAGUAUUUAUAAUGUAGUUUCCUGAAGAAAAUACAUUAUAUAUAUUGCUAUUUGUGUUGCCAAGGUGAUACUAUGUGGUCGCUAUGUUAUUCCAGGUGCUUGCAAGGGUGUUGUUAGGUGUUUGUUAUGGUUAUGGUAUACUAGGCUGUUACUAGGUUUUCCUGGGCGGUUGCUAGGGUAUCCCGGGUGAAUGCUGUGGGGUUGCUAUGGUAUACAAGGUGAUUGCUAGGGUGUAGAUGGAUGGGUUAGUCCACUUUUCAUUAUGACAAAUGCUUUAUAGUACAAACAUUAAAAAGGCAAAUAACACAAUAAUAACAUGUUAUUCCAGAGAAAAUAUAUAGCAACUCUUGUACAAUCACUAAUAAAAUGUUAAAACAUUCAGGAUUGUGUAAAAUGUCCACUUGACAUAAAUACACUGAAAACUUCUAAAAGGUAAAGAUGAAUGAGUGGCUAAAUGGUACAUAUAAAAAACACCCGACUACAGCUGCAAACAAAUUAGUUUUUAUUGAACCACUGAAAAUGGCCUCAAUUAAUAUGAUUUAAAAUUGUAUAUACUUGAUAUAUACUUGAGAAAAGAUGUUGAUAUUCAAUAUACAGAAGGUGCUACAGGGAACAUAUAAACACACAAGUACACAACUGGUAGCCAGACACUACGUAAGGUUACACUAAUGGAACGUGAACAAAAUCAAUACUACAAAAAAUAUGAAACUUAAAAAAUCAGAAUUUCGACUUCCACACAUUCCCCUGUUGGGCUAUUUUGUUGUGUUAGCUGAGUGUUUUGGGACAUUAUGAGCUGCAUGAUGAAGUUCCUACAAAUUAGAUUUGCAAUUGCCUGUAAUAAAAUAGACUGCUACCAUCAUGAGUUACAUCAUCAGUAAAGAUUAGUGAGUCCAUUAAAGAGCAGCCAUGCAAGCCCAAGAGCCAUGACACUACCACCAUCAUGCUCAACCAGUGAGCUUGCAUGUUCCGAAAAAUGCACAGGUCCUUCGGUCUUAGUUCAAAAACUUUUGCAGCUCAUCUGUUUACUUCUUUGUGAAUUCCAAUUUAGCUUUCUGAUUCUUACUGCUUGUGUGUAGUUUGCAUCUUGUGGUGUGGCCACUAUAUGCUCUUAAAAUCUUCUGUGGAGUUUAUUUUAUACUCUUUGUAUAUCUUGUAUUAUACAAAGUAUUUUAUUUUACAAAGUUUAAAUUUGUGUAUUAUAUAAUAAACUUUCUUAGUAUUAAAAUACUCAUCAGUACUCAUCAAAAAAUCCCAUGCACAAUUUAAAAUUUGUAUGAUAGAAAUAGUUUCUAGCCGAAGUUCUAGUAUUUUAGACACAUUUGACCUCUGACAAGCAAAUAAAAAAGCUAAUACAUGCAAAUUUAAAUAAAACCUCUGACAAAUAAAUAGACAUCACCUAGGUUUGCAUGUCGAUAGAAACCUCUGAGCUAACCAAUUACCUUUUUAAUAAAUAGGUUAUAUAAAAGUCUGAACAUGUGAUGUAUGAAUAUCACAUGCAAGUAAAUGGACAGUAUGAAGCUGUUCAAGGUUAAACGUAUAAAAACAAUACCUAAACUAAAAGGUAUAUUAUUAAGCUAAGUAAUUAUUAAAUUCAGAUACUUAUUGGAAUCAUUGGAGUCAAAUAUUAAGAAACACAUUUAACCUUGAAACUUUUCAUCCUUAGUUAUCAGACAGCAAUUUCUAUUAUGAAUAAAUAAAAAUAUUUUAGCCUAAAGGCACAGCAUACGAAGCUGCAUUCAAUAUUUUUUUCAAUAUUUUUGUCAUUCAUUCAUUCAUACAUACAUACAUACAAGUAUACUUUUUCAGUAAGUGCUUUAUUCUGGUCAGUGUCACAGUUGAUCCGGAGCCUAUAGCAUGAACACUGAGUCAGGAAUAAAUCCUAUAUAGGAUGUCAGUAGCCAGUCCACCAACCAGAAGAAAAGAAACUGGAAAACUCUGCAUUGACCAUUAACUUUUUCAUUUUAUGCAUACAUUUGAAAUUAAAAUCUGUAAAUUAAAAAAAAAAAAA